AUGGAACUAACUGAGUCGUUGUUCUUCAUCUUCACGCAGUCUUUUUUAAAACUCCCAUUGCUUCAUCUUGCACUAAUAUUGAUUACUUUCUUUUUCUCUUGCGCUCAGCCACUUUGCCAUAAUGACGAGAGCAUUGCCUUAUUGCAGUUCAAAGACAGCUUUGUUAUUGACAAAUUUGCUUCUUAUGAAUCUGCUGCUCAUCCAAAGACAGCAUCCUGGGCACAAGAAAAGAACCAUGAUUCUUGCUUCUGGGACGGUGUCAAGUACGAUGAGGAAACCGGGCAUGUCAUUGCACUUCAUCUCAACAGUAGUUGUCUUCAUGGUUCUAUCAACUCCACCAGCUCUCUUUUCCAACUUUCUCAACUCCAAGUCCUUGACCUUUAUGAUAAUGAUUUUAAUCAAUCUCAAAUCCCAUCUGCUCUGGCAGAUCUUUCAAAAUUAACAUAUCUCGACCUUGAGUGGAGUGGGUUCUCUGGUUCGAUUCCUUCAUCAAUUGGUAAGCUAACUAUGCUUACUUAUUUGUCCCUUUCACAAAAUAAGUUGAACGGUCAAAUACCAUAUGCAUUUGGAAAUCUUUCAAGAUUACUAUAUCUGGGCCUUGCAGGUUGUAGUUUUUCUGAUUUUUUUCCUCCAAUAGUUUGUAAGCCAACUAGUGCCACUCAUUUAUACAUUUCAAAAAAUUAUUAUUUGAAUGGUCAAAUCCCAUCUUCUCUUCAAAAACUCACCCAACUCAACUCUUUAGAUAUUAGUUUAAAUAAUUUAAGUGGUCAAAUUCCACCAUGGCUUGGAAACCUGACCCAAUUAACUUCCUUGAGUCUUGAAAAAAAUAACUUGCAAGGUAUCCUGCCAAAAUCAUUUUCUAGACUCAAGAAUCUUGAAUAUCUUAAUCUUGUGUCAAAUCAUUUAAGUGGAACUGUGGAUUUUGACAUGUUUCUUGGAAUGAAGAAUCUCAAUCGACUCCAAUUAUCAGCUAACAAAUUGUCAGUGCUGACUACUGAUACCAACAGUAGUACAAAUGGUACUAGUACUAUGCCUCAGUUCUAUAUUUUAGGAUUGGGUUCGUGCAAUUUACGUAACUUCCCUGGUUUCUUAAGGUACCAAAACAAUCUAAUGUUUUUGACACUUGAUGGAAACCAAAUACAUGGUAAAGUUCCCAAGUGGGUAUUGAACAUAAGCUUAAAAACCAUGGCAGUUUUGCAACUUUCUGGAAAUUUUUUGACAGGCUUUGACCAACCUCCAUUGGCUGUUCUUCCAUGGGUUCGUCUUCAGAUAUUUGAUAUUUUCGAUAACAUGCUGGAAGGACCACUCCCGAUUCCACCACCAUCCACUGUGAACUAUAGGGUUAGACGCAACAAACUGAGUGGACAAGUUUCACCAGCAUUCUGCAAUUUACGUUCCAUUAAAUAUAUUGAUUUUGGGGAUAACAAAUUGAGUGGCAUGCUUCCAGAUUGCUUGGUAAAUCUCAGCGAUUCACUUUUAGUUCUAAAUCUGGUAAAUAACUCUUUUGGUGGUAGCAUUCCUGAAAUCUGCACAGAUGGAAGCCAGCUGAGGAUGAUUGAUCUAAGCUAUAACAAGUUCGAAGGGCACUUACCACGAUCAUUGCGUAGCUGUUUGAUGCUACAAACUUUGAAUCUUGGGAACAAUCAAUUAGGAGAUGAGUUCCCUUCCUGGUUAGGGACACUUCCUGAUCUAAGAAUACUCAUGCUAAGAUAUAAUCAGCUCCAAGGAAACAUAGAGAAACCUAUUUCCAAUUCUGUGUUCUUCCCUAAAAUUCGAGUUAUCGAUUUAUCCUAUAAUGAUUUUACAGGUAAGUUGCCAUCUGAAUACUUCCAAAAAUGGAACUCCAUGAAAGCUUUUGAUGCUACAAAUUCAUCUUAUAUGAAAGCAAACUCAAAUAUCACUGCUAGGACCUCUGCUGACUCCGAUGCUUCAUGGACCCAAUAUUAUCCAAUCUCAAUCAAAAUAACAAUCAAAGGUGUGGAUAGGGUUUUUCAAAAGAUCCAAGAUGUUUUUGUAGUGAUUGAUUUCUCAAGCAACAUGCUUGAAGGAGAGAUUCCAGAUUCCAUUGGGGGCUUACAAGGGAUUCGAGUUCUUAACCUCUCCAACAACAUUCUUAGUGGCAGCAGACCUUCAACCUUGGGGAACAUAACGGUGUUUGAGUCGUUUGAUCUUUCUCAAAAUGGGCUCCAUGGAGAGAUCCCUCUUCAACUGAAGCAGCUCACUUUUCUUUCCAUCUUCAAUGUAUCUCGUAACAAUCUUACAGGACCUAUACCACAAGGAAACCAGUUUGCUACAUUUGAAACAAGUUCAUAUGAUGGGAACUUGGGGUUAUGUGGUUAUCCGUUGGCAACAAAGUGUUGGAAUUCUGAGUCCCCAAAAUUACCACCACCAGCUUCUGAAGGGAAGGGAGAUUCAGAGUUUCCAUUUCAAUUUGAUUGGAUAACAAUUUUGCCAGGAUAUGUGGGUGGGCUAGUAGUUGGAAUUGUUGGUGGGAAUUUCGUUUUUGUGAAGAAGCAGUUGUGGUUUUUGAAGAGGCAAAUGAAAAGGAGACCUAGAAGGAGAAGGGGAUUUAGAACUUGA